AUGCAGGAAAUCACUUCCAGCAAUGCACAUCUCGACGAACUCAAAGGCAAGACAGUCAUUAUCACCGGGGCAGCUGGUGGCAUCGGUGCUGCGACGGCAAGGAUAUACCAUAGCUACGGAGCAAAUGUGGUGGUGGCAGACCUCGAGCGAAUGCGAAGCGCUGGUGAGGCGCUGGUGGCCUCUCUCGCCAAAUCAACACCGGCGCCGGCGCCACGGGCCAUGUUCGUUGCCGUCGACAUCUUGGACUGGGCGCAGAUGGUCUCGCUGUUUCGGGCGACUAAGAACCAGUUUGGCCGCAUAGAUGUGGUCGUCGCCAACGCGGGCGUCAUGGAGUCUUCGCUCCUGCUGGAGAGCGACGAGGUGGACGCAAACGGCGAGCCCAAGGAGCCUAUCGAGGCGGGCCGAGUCAUCGACAUCAACCUCAAGGGCACCUUCAACACACUCCGACUCGGACUCUUCCACAUGGCACAGAACGAAGCUCGCUUCUCCGAUGGCUCGCGAGGCUCCAUCGUCCUCGUCACGUCGACCUCGGGCUACUUUGGCGGCACCGGCGCUGCGGCAUAUAUCUCGUCCAAGCAUGGAGCCACUGGACUCUUGCGAGGCUCCCAGCUUGCCGCGAACAAGGUGUUGGUUCGCGUCAACGGCGUCGCACCGAACUUCACCGCCACGCAGUUGACGCAGAACCUCGCAAGGGAGUGGUACGCAGCGGGCAUGGAGGCCAACUCCCCUCACAACGUGGCUCGGAUGAUCGCUCAGAUGUCGGCCGACCCGUCAAUGCGCGGCGCUUGCUGCUUAGUCGCCGGCAAGAUCCUGCGCGAAAUGGAGCAUUCGAGAGCUGCUUUGUUGCCUGAAUGGCUCGGCCCAGACCUUGUCCAGUUCAUGAGGAGGGCGGGAGCGCUCAUUGAUGGCAUGGGAGGUCUUCCAUUGCCUAAAUUGCCGUCACUAUUUCCGGAGGACGAUCUUCCCAAUUGA